AAGAAAUACUUGAUAAUAAAGGAAUCAUUUCUAUGCUUCAAGUUGAGGAGAAUAAAGAAUUAAUAGAGCAAGAAGAUGAGAAUGAAGAUGAGAUAUCUGAUUUACUAAUAGCAGCAGCCAAAGCAUAUGAUGCAAUUCAGACUAUUAUUGCUAUAAAGAACAGAAAAGUUUAG